AUGGACCACAACAACAACAAUGACCAGAUGGAUGAUGCUUUUCAAUCUGAAAAUAUUAGAAGAAACGGUGAGAAUAUGAAUUUAGAUGGUUUAUCUAUAUGUGGCCAAAGCAAUGCUCCAGAAAAUAUUAGUGAGAAUAUGAAUUCAGAUGAUUUUGAUGCCGAUUUAGAUAACCAUGAUGAACCAAACAGUUUGAUGCACGAUAGGGAUGCAAUGGAAGUUGUAAGUGAUGACCCCUAUAUUGGUAAAGAGUUUAACAGUGCUGAGGCAGCACGGACUUUUUAUAACUCAUAUGCAUUUCGACUCGGAUUUAGCAUAAGAAAGGCUAGUCAAUAUAAGGCAAGGAAACAAGAUGGAAUGAUGACAAGUAUGCUCUUGACUUGUUCAAAAGAGGGUCAAUCUAACGUCCGAGACUAUGACAAGCGUAGUAGUACAACUACACAAGGCCAAGUCACACCAACAAAAGAAUUUGCACACAAACGAUCAGGAUGUAAAGCCCUUAUGAGAGUAAAGAUGAUAAAAGGAGGUAAAUGGGUGGUUACAAGAUUUACAGAAGAGCAUAAUCAUGACUUAAUUGCAAGCCCAACAAAAACACGUUUUUUGCGUUCUCAUCGCUCUAUCUCCAAUGAGCAAAAACAAGUAAUACAACUGUUAAGAGAUCAAAAUAUUUCAACAAGUCAAAUUAUGUCUUACAUAGCAGCAAGAGAUGGGAGCUCACAAAAUAUCAAUUUUACUAUGAAAGAUUUAAGCAAUGAGAUUGUGUCAACAAAUAGGGGACUUGUUGGAGUUGAUGUUGCAAAUGCUCUCAAUUAUCUUCACGCAACUCAUGCCUCGGAUCCUUCAUUUUUUUACUCAAUUGAGGUUGACGAUAAUCAUAUGACAAAAAACAUAUUUUGGAUAGAUGGGAGAUCGAGAUUGGCAUACCAACUUUUUAAUGAUGUUGUGACAUUUGAUACAACUUAUAUGACAAACAAGUAUACAAUGCCAUUUGCUCCAUUUGUUGGUGUUAAUCAUCAUAGACAAUCAAUCUUUCUUGGAUGUGCCCUCUUAAGGGAUGAAACUGCCGAUACUUUUUGUUGGUUGUUUCAUACAUGGUUACAGGCAAUGUCGGGAGUGCAUCCAAAAGCAAUUAUUACAGACCAAGAUCCGGCAAUGAGAAAAGCAAUUGGACAAGGGCUUACUGUUGCAGAUUGUCUAGAUGGUGAAUCAGUGAAGUCAUCCAGGACAAUAGUAGAGAUGCAUCAGAGGACUAAAAUUGAGACAAAUGUUCAAUGUGAAAUUAGUUGA